ACGGGAAGGGAGAGGAAGCAGAGAAAGACACUUUAUGAGGAGACGGGCUUUGUGAGGAGACCGCGGAAUUUGGGCAGAGGGGCGUUGCCCGAGGUGCAGGAGGAAGGUCGGGAAUGCAGUGAAAGGGUGACCAUCAGCCCGCCUCCCACGGGUUGUCAGGACAGACGGAAGCCGGGGCUUGGGAGCGCUGGGCACAGGCUCGCAGGGUUGUCGGUGAGGAGCAGCUGCUCAGGCGGGGGAACGUCCCCCACACGUCCCAGCUGAGGACGCCCGGGCUCAGAAGGCCGCGGGGUUUGCUCAAACUCAGCGGACACCAAGGGGCCGAGCCAGAUGCCAGCCUCGCUGGUGGCCGGCGCUGGUCCCAGCGCUUCCCUCGCCCGGUGCUGGGAGGGAAAGGCAACGAGCAGCCCUGAGGGCAAGUCGGGGAUCCGUGACGCAGGCAAGGAGGGGCAGGGUCGAGGAGGAGCGCGGGGCCCCGUCUCAGGUCGCGGGUCAGAGGAGGUUGGUGCAGACUCCUGGGUCCCAGGGCGGCUGCAGACGGGUGCGGCCCCCGACCUCGCCCGACCUGCUCUGCUUGAGAGCGCGGCGCGGAGCACCUGGCGCCCCCAGGGGCGGGCUCUGCCGGGCCAGCGCCGGAUUGGACGCUUCGCCCGCGCGGGCGGGGCCUGGGCGGCUAAAGCGGAAUCCCGGGCUCCCUGCCUUUUGUCAUCGGCUCAGAUACUGCAGAUUUUGAGAUACUUAAUAAUUCACUGGAAGUGUGAAAUAGGAGUAUCAAAGGGAGCAUUGCUAGAAGGACAGCUAAUGAUUUCCAUAGAAGCAUUACAUUCUAAGCACCAGGCAAAUGCUCUUCACUGUGUAACAACUAUUGCUCCUGUAGGAAGCCUUUAUGGUGGCUUUGUCCUCAAGAAGUUUCUAAAAGAAAUACAGUCCGUACUACCCAGAUUCUCUGCAAAGCUGAGCGGGAUUCCCGAGGACAGCAGCUGCUCCCAGCACACAUCAGCAGUAACACUCUUCCAGAUGAUUUUUGAGGUUGAUGAAAAGCCUAGAACUUUGAUGACAGAUUGUUUGGUUAUAAAGCAUUUUUUACAUAAAAUCACCAUGGUGCACCCUAAGAUCAGAUUUAAUUUCAGUCUAAAGGUAAAUGGAAUCCUCUCCAAGGAGAUCUUUGGGGUAGAGAAUGAACCCACAUUGAAUCUGUGGAAUGGAAUUGCUCUUGUCGUAAACUCGCAGCAUUAUGUAAGACCAAAAUUUGGUACAACUGAAUCAUGCUGUAGCAGAAUCCACCCUGUGCUAGGACAUCCAGCAACACUUUCCAUCUCUGACGACGUGAUUGGCAGGGACUUGUCAGGAGAGCUAACACUGACGCCAGCUGCUGCUCUCUGCCCUACCCCGAAGGACUUUUCCAACCAGUUGAACAGGAUUUCUUCAGUUUCCAUAUUUCUGUAUGGACCUUUGGGUCUGCCUCUGAUGUCAAGUCCAGAGCAGCCAGUUACUAAUGUCUUCAGAGAUACCUCUUAUUUCAUUGACUGGAAAAAAUACCACUUGCAUGUGGUGCCCAAUUUGGAUCUCAAUUUGGAUAGAGAUUUGGUGCUUCCAGAUAUGAGUUACCAGGUGGAAUCCAGCAAGGGGGCUCAGUCCCAGAACGCAGACACUCAGGGACACACUCUGCUGCUUUUUCUCUUUCUGGAUUUCCACAAUGGGUUUCCAGCCCAGCAAAUGGAAAUCUUGAGGGUUCAUACUCUGCUCACAACUCAUCUCAGUACCAUCCUUGCAGAGAGCCACAGUGUGGUACAAGAUGCCAUCCAGUUCACUGUGGACCAGGUCUUGGAGCAGCAUCACCAGGCUGCCAAGGCAGCUGACACACAGGAGUUUGGGAUCAAACUGCACAAAGCAUUUCAUGAGAUUACCCAGCACCCAUUUCUUUACCACUGCUCAUGUGAGGUGAAGCAGCAGACCCCAGAGAAAAAGGAUUCAGCCCAGAGCACUGAGGAUGCAUAUGAGGAAAGCAACCUGGCACCCCAUGCUGAGAUCUGCCGGCCGGAGGAAAACAAGAGGCUCCAGAGCGGCCGCCUCCGCUGGGUCGUUGAGACGACGCGCGCUCCCCAUUCCGCCAGGGCCCCGCGCCGCCCAGAGCCCCCCGCGGCCUCCCUCAUCCCUAGCGGAGAAGAGGCCCACGGCAAGGCCCCGGCGCCAAGCAGGGCGAGCCCCGGGAGCCGCCUAGAGGUGACCGGCGCGGGGGGCGCGGCCCGUAGUCCUCACCCCGUGACCGCUCUGCACCCGCAGGACGCUCUGUGGCUGCAGGAGGUCUCCAACCUGUCCGAGUGGCUGAGUCCUAGCCCCGGACCCUGAGCCGAACCCCGUC